AUGGCCAUACCAAACAUGCAACAACCAUUCUACCCACCACAAGGAUUCCAGCACCCGUAUCAGCAGCAAGCCGAAGCCGAAGCACACGCAUACGCAUACGCACAAGCACAAGCCCAAGCCCAAUUCCAAGCACAUGCACAAGCCCAAGCCCAAGCCCAACAGCAGCAACAGCAACAACAACAGCAAUCUUCCCCGCCCCCAUUCGCAACCCCACCACCACCAAAAGACUCGAAAUACCCCCGCUUCGUCAACCCCUUCCAGGACGAGAAGCCUCUAGGGUCUUACGGCAAGAAGAAAGUUGCAAGAGAUGAGGAGGAGUUGGUGAGGUAG